AAAAAGCGCAAGUUGAACUUCGACCGAUAGAUAACGAAAAUAUUUUAGUACGUUCAUGACCAUGGCGGGCCUGCCUGUGUUGAUCGGUAAAGAAGAUAUUGCACGACUUCUACAUUUCAAAGAUUUGCUUCCUAGACUGGAGGCUGCUCUAGCGCAGUUUUCCAAACACGACAUCUCUGAGGUGAUCCAGCCCGUCCGGACUGUGGUCCCUUUAACGAAACACAAUGGAUUCCUGGGGUUAAUGCCGGCAUAUAUGGUUCAUGACGAUAUUUUAUGCACAAAAAUGGUGGCCUUCUACCGCAGAGAACAAGGCUCAACUUUACCCUCUACCCAGGCAACGGUGUUGUUGUUUGAUCCCGAAAGUGGAUGUGUAUUAGCGGUCAUGGACGGGGAAGUCAUCACAGCUAAGAGGACAGCCGCAGUGUCAGCAAUAUCUGCUAAAUUUUUCAUGCCAGCCCAAUCAGAGGUACUCUGUAUCCUGGGCUCUGGUCACCAAGCCGUCAGCCACUACGAAGUCUUCACACAAACAUUUGCUUUUAAACAGGUCCGUGUGUGGAGUCGAAGGAAGGAGAGUGCAGAGCACUUUGCCAGUGCCCUCCAGGGUCCGGUGACAGUCUGCACCUCUGUUAAAGAGGCAGUGGAAGGGGCCGACGUCAUAAUCACAGUCACCGGUGCCAGCCAGCCAGUCCUGUUUGGGGACUGGGUCAAGCCGGGUGCCCAUGUUGCUGCGGUAGGAGCAUGCAGACCAGACUGGAGGGAGCUGGACGACGUGUUGAUGAGGCAGGCAGUGGUGUAUGUGGACAGCAGAGAGGGUGCACUGAAGGAAUCCGGAGACGUCAUCCUCUCUGGGGCCCAAGUAUUUGCUGAGAUUGGGGAGGUCAUAACUGGAACGGCGCCAGCCCACCGUGAGAAAACCACAGUGUUCAAGUCUCUGGGUAUGGGGAUUCAGGACGCGGUGUCUGCCAAGCUGGUGUAUGACCAGUGGAAGAGUCAGUGAAGGAGUUCAGUGGAUUGAGAUCGAGUGCCUUUAUCACCAAGAGAAUCAAGUCCAGACCAAUCCAGUUUCAGUUUGUGAGAAGUUAUCAUGGUGUCCCAUCUCUGUUGUGUAUUUAAACCCCAGGUAUUUCUAGCACAACUAAAGGACCAAACAAUGUAUUUAAAACCAGAUUCAGAAUUAUUUGUCAAAUGUUUUUCACAGCUGCAUAGUGAUAACAUAAUUGUAAAAGAAAACUGCAGAGCCGGUUAAUAAUCUCAAAAAUAGAAAACUUUGUACUUUGUACACCCAGUAUGAAAUGUAAAUAAAAUACAAAAGUCAAAA